UAGACAGAAAUAUAGAUCAGUGGUAUUUUAGAACUUGAAUGUUACACUUGUUUUUAUUAAUCCGCAUGGAGGGUGAAAAAUCGUUUCACGUCUUUGGGAAGAAGACUUUAAAAUCUUCUCAAAUAUUUAUUGUGGCUUCAAUUAUUUUAAUGACAUUAAUAAUAACCAUAUUUUGUAUUGGUUUUCUAAUGCGUUAUGAAGUAGAUACUGAUGUUUCAAAUGUAGCCAGUGUACAUUAUUGGAAGGAUAAAUUGACAAUGGAGCAAAAAAUUUGGUUCGAUAAGGGGAUUAAAGAAUUGGAAGCUACACUCAGCCUAGAAAACGGUAAUACCAAAGUCAAAAAUGUUAUUAUUUUUGUGGUCAAUGGUAUACAUCCAACGUCUCUUGCUGCAGUAAGAUUCUUAAAUCAAAAUGAAACGAUCAAAGAAUUAAGUUGGGAGAAAUUUCCGUACAUGGCACGUUUAAAGAGUAACUGCAAUCACUUAAAGAUAUGUGAUCCUUUUACCAGGGCAACUGCUUUGUUUGGUGGUGUGCAAACGAAUGAUAAGGUUGGUGGAUUGGAUACAGCGGUACCAUUUCAAAACUGCACAGCAGCAGCUAAUCAAACACAUCACAUCAAAAGUGUACUCGCACACGCGCAGGAUAAGGGUUUGAAUACCGGUUUUAUUACAGAAAAUCGUGUCACUGGACCGAUAAUAGCAGCUUUGUAUGCACAUACGCCAGAUACUAAUUGGGAAUGCGAUGCGUCAAUGCCAAAAGGUGAACUCACUCAAAAGUGUUGGGACAUUGCACAACAAUUGAUUUUAAGUGAAACGGGUAAAAAAUUAAAUGUCAUUAUGGGUGGAGGACGUCAAACGAUGGUCACAAAUUCUUCAAUUGAUGAGUUUGACAAAGUGGAUGUGGAUGUUUGUAAUUCAGUAGACGGAAGAAAUCUUUUAAGAGAUUGGCAGCAGCAAAAGCAAACCCUGAAUCUUCACCACAAACUCUUAAUGAAUGCUCAAGAUCUUAAUGAAUUUAGUGAUAACAAAACUGAUUACUUGUUGGGUAUAUUCACAAAUAAUUACAUUAAAAGUGAUAUGAACUCAAAAAAUAUUGCAUACCAAAUGCCUACACUUAAAUUAAUGAUGAAUAAAUCAUUAGAUGUGCUCAAGCGCAAUGCACGGGGAUAUUUACUCGUUGUAGAAACAGGUGAUCUAUUACCUUCUGAUGUUGAAACGGAUUUAAAAACCCUAAUAGAACUCGAUGAACUGAUUGCAGAAAGUACGAAAAGUAGCAGCUUAAAUUUUGCAGACACAUUAGUUUUGACCGUUUUUAAUAGUAUUACCAAAGAAAAUAUCAAAUCUGAUUUAUAUGAAGAAAUGACGGGUUUAUAUAAGGAAUUCCCUGAUAUAGGUUUUAGUACAUUUUUAACUAAUAAAGCAACUGAAACUAUUGUUUAUGCAAAAGGUCCUUCGGCUUAUCUACUUAAUGGAUUGCAUGAAGAGACUUAUAUGGCACAUGUCAUAUCUUAUGCUUUAAAAAUGGGUCCAUUUUCAAAGUCAAUGUAAUUUUAAGAAUUUUUAAAAGUUAUUAGAAUUAAAAAAAUAUUUACAGUACUAAAAAGCAAUUAUUAUAUACGUAGUGUUUUUUUAAAAUUGAGAUUAAUAACUACUUCAGACA